AUGCCGGCAGAUGAAACGUUUCACUCGUCUGGCUCACCAAAGUCUGCCCAGUCAAAUGAGGCUGCUCACUUGGUGGUGCGAAGCUCCUAUCAGACCCAUUACGAAGGAGAAGUUUCAAAUACAAAGUUCUUAUCCAGGAUCCAGGAUACAGUUGUGGUGCACUCUCGAGUCGGAAUUGAAGACGAUGAACCGGCAGACCACGAGAAUAUCGCGGAUCUCACCUUGGUCAAGAAAGCAUUGGAAGGAUUUCCAUCAGCGAAUGUAGCCGAGUUUCUCGUUGCAUGUUUCUUCCGCCAUUCAGAAGCGAAUUAUUACUUCAUGAACCGAGUCCAAUUCCAGGAGCGGCUGAACCGGUUAUACCUUGAUGGGUUACACGCAGAUUCCGAAUCCGACCCUAGUCUGAUCGCAUUGGCCUUGAUGGUAUUCGCAAUGGGCAGCCAAUUCGCACAUCUUCAGACUUCAAAUAUGCGGCAAACAACUCCACCGACAUCGGUGCAUAAACAGGGACCUGGAAUGGUCUUCUAUUUGAAGGCCAAGUUUCUUCUGCCCGAUAUAAUCACACAAUGCACGCUGGAGGGAAUCCAGGUGUGCUUCCUUACGGCAUUGUUUCUUCUUCCUUCCAACUCGACGGACCUGUCGUACGUGUACCAUGGAAUGGCGAUGAAAAUGGCCAUUGCGUCUGGGCUACACCGAAAGACAUCCGGCGGCGAUUUGGAUCCUAUUGAUAUUGAAGUUCGCAACCGACUUUGGUGGUCGCUUUACGUCAGUGAACGACGGCUUUCUAUCAUCUUGGACCGACCAGAAACAAUAAAGGAAGAAGAUAUCGAUACACCGUUCCCAGAUAUAUGCGAAGCGCUCGACUUACUUGGAGGCAACAACAAUCUCGGAAAUCUCCAAGCUAGCAUUCGCCUCAUGUCUCUCUUCAACCGUGCCGUAAAGUAUUCAAAUAUCUUCUGCUUGAUUAUUGCAGUACAAAACUAA